AGUCCGAGCUUACGUGUGUGUAUACACUCGCUAUGUACACGAUACGCCGAGAAAACACCGUCAGAUAAGCGGGAAGCCCGCUAUCUCCCUGUCGAAAAACUCAAUUUUUUUUUACACCAGCCGCGCGUUGUUACAUCGUCUCUUAUACGCGAGAGAAGAUUCCGUAACGCUGCUCGUCCGUACGUAGACGAGGAAUAAUACAAGUAUAAUGCGGUAAGCGAACGACAGGGGGGCUCGGCUUUCUUUCGAGCAACGCGACGAGUCAGUCAGUCGUGCGCCGACCUUCCGAGGGUGUGUACGUGUCGAAGAAUCGUUUCCUAUGACACACGCAUAGGUGCGCGAACGAUUGUUUUGUUGUUGACGGGAUGAGGAUGGUUGAUAAAUUGGGGGCGUUGGUCCAGUUGCUCUUCGAAGACGAUGAAAACUUGCUAGGAGAAGCCGAGGCCGAGUGCGAGAAUUGGUUUCUUUCGGAAGGACUGACGUUCAAUGAUGUGAUUCUAGAAACGGAGCUUCCCGUCAUCGAUCUCCCAACGCUCGACGACUAUCUACCGAUCGACCAAAGCUGGUCAUCCGAUUCCCUGGAAACCGCGAUCGCCGACAACGACGACGCUAACAUCAACAAGUCAUCGAGCGACGCGCCACUAGCUGGACGAAGAAAACGACGACCCAAGGCCGGUCUGACCUUGAAGAAGAAAGUCCACGCGGCGAAACAAGCCCGUAACCGCGGCGAAGCCUACAACACGUUCUCCGGUCGUUUGGUACCGGCUCGUACUCUGCGUCAACCCUGUACAGCGCUCUGUCGCCUCCAGUGCAGCGCGAGAUUCUCCCCUCAAGAGCGAAAGUCCCUGUUCCAGGAGUUUUGGAGCAUAGCCGAUCACAAGGGCCAGUGGGAGUUCAUCGCGAAGAAUCUCGACAUACUGCCCAAGGGCACGUGCACCAGUGACAAGGGCGACGAGUCGAGGAGAUCGGCGAGUAGGAGGUAUUACUUCUGGGUGGGCCAGGACAAGAGACAGGUCUGCAAGACCUAUUUUUUGAACACGCUCGCGAUAUCCAACGCGUGGAUCGGCACUGUGUGCAAGAAACUGGCGGAUCACGGCUGUGUUAACGAGGAUGGCAGGGGCAGGAUCGGUAACAGGAAGAAGGCGUGAGUGCUGGUUUUUGCUUUUUAAGGAUUUUGUUUGAUACAGGACGCUUGUUUGGACGAUGAUUAUCGAGAUGUGUGUUGUUCGAGAUUUCGUUUUAACACUCGUUAUUUAAGCUGUUUUGUUAAUAGUUAAUGCCUAAAUGCUUGUUCAUUGAAAUAUUGCAACGACUAUAAGUCUUGAUGGUUGUAACUUCAUUUUAUGUCUCGUCCAUCGGAAGAUUUUCGAUGUAAUAAGUGUGGAUCGAGUAUGGAAGAAUGAAAGUCGUGAAAAUCGACGGUACUAAUAUAACGUCUGAAAACGAGAGAGAAAAAAUUUGGAACAAAAAACUGUGCGUCCACGCAUACACUAGCUAUCGUAAAAUGAAGUUCUGUAAAUAUUUAUGUGAGCCUGCUUCAUUGUAAAAACUGGCAAGACGUGCGAAAAACAUGAUGAAAAUUCACAGUGGUUUGCAGAAAUAUGAAUAUAAAACAUCAUCUCUCAGAACCAACAACCGAACAAAUCUUUCAAUAGAACUUGAAUAUAGUUUGAACAGUUUUUUUUUUUCAAGUUAACAAUUGAUGAAUUAUCAUAAAUGUAUGUUCUUAUUUAUACAAGUUGCAUGUAUUUUGUGAAAGAUUAAAUGUAACCUUGCAAAGUUUGGCAAUUUUCCAAUUAUCGCAACCGAUAUAUCGGUAUAGGUUCACAUAAAAAAAAUCAUUCAAGAAAUAAAUCAUCGAUAUAAAAGUGAAAA